AUGGCAGACAUGGAGAAGUGGACUGGAGACUGGAGAAAUCAAACAUCCAUCACAGAAUUCAUCCUGCUGGGAUUCGGGGAUCUCCCUGAACUGCAGACCCCGCUCUUCCUGAUGUUCAUGGUGAUCUACGUUGUGACCGUGGCAGGGAACAUCCUCAUCAUUGCACUAGUUGUGACUGAUCAACAUCUUCACAUCCCUAUGUACUUCUUCCUGGGGAACUUGUCCUGCUUGGAGACCUGCUACAGCUCCACCAUCCUGCCCAGGGUGCUGGCCAGUCUCCUGACUGGAGAUAGGACCAUUUCUGUCCAUGGCUGUGUAGCACAACUUGAUUUCUUUGGUUCCCUGGUAGCUGUAGAAUGUUGUCUCUUAUCAGCGAUGUCUUAUGAUCGGUAUUUAGCGAUAUGCAAACCACUGCAUUAUGCAGCCCUUAUGAACGGCAGUGUCUGCUUCUGCCUGGCAGCUGGGUCUUGGGUAAGUGGGUUUGUGGCCUGCACCGUCACAGCAUGUUGGAUAUCACAAAUGACUUUUUGUGGCCCCGAUGAAAUUGACCAUUUCUUUUGUGAUUACACCCCGUUAGUAAAACUAUCCUGCAGUGACACGCACCUGAUGGUUCUUGUGACCUUCCUGUUCUCCUCCAUAUUAACACUGCCUCCCUUCCUAUUAACCUUGGCAUCCUAUGUGUGCAUCAUGGCCACCAUCCACAGAAUCCCUUCCACUGCCGGGAGGCAAAGGGCCUUUUCCACCUGCUCCUCCCACCUCAUUGUGGUUACACUCUACUAUGGGACCCUGAUCAUUGUCUAUCUGCUGCCAGACACCGGCACACUGAGAGACCUUCACAAAGCGCUCUCUCUCUUCUACACCAUCUUGACUCCCCUGGCCAACCCGCUCAUCUACAGCCUGAGAAACAGAGAGGUGAAGGAGGCUCUGAGGAAAGCUGCUAGUGAGGUUGUGAAUUUCAGAACAAAUUGCAAACUAUUUUGUGUGUAG